AUGUGGAAAAUUGUGAGAGGUGUCAUAGCAACAGAAGAAAGUGUCAGAAAGAAAGGCUUUUCUACUGUUUCAAAAUGUUAUAUAUGCUGCAAUGGACAUGAUACAGUGACACAUCUACUAUGGGAAUGCUCCUUCAGUAAGAAGAUUUGGCACUGGUUGGGAGGUAUAUUUAAAUUCUUAAAUCCUUCAAAUUUUGAUGAAGUACUUAACUGGGUGCAAUCUAAAAGUCCUGUAGUAAAAGAAAUCUGGUAUAUUGAUGCUUAUACUUUAAUGGUUGAAAUAUGGUUGACUAGGAAUAAAAAACUGUAUAAAGAUGAGACUCCAAAUACAAAGAAUGUUAAGCACAAAAUAUUGUGGUUUACUAGAGUGUACAAUAGUAGAAUUGAGGGGAUGAUGCAUAAUUGGAGUUAUGAUUUGAAUAUCAUUCUAUACUUUGGGCUGAAGGGGAUAAAAAGUAAAACUACAAGAAUUAAGGAGAUCCAUUUCAGUCUGCCAGAAAACAAUCAAAUACUAAUUUGUUGUGAUGGAGCAGCUAAAGGCAACCCUGGAGGGGCAGGUUUCGGAUUUAUUGGAAGAAAUAGUGAGAGCGAAUGUGUGGGAGCAAUGACUGGUGGUCUGGGUAUUGCAACAAAUUUUGUAGCAGAGAUGAUGGCUUUAGUAAUGUCAGGUGAAUGGGAUGUAUCUAAAUCUUUCUUGAAUGUAGUUUUUAGUCUAGAUUCUCAGGCUAUUUUGAAGGCUUUCACUGGUAAUAGAAUUCCUUGGAUGAUUCUUAACAUAUGGAAGAAAGUAAUUUUCCAUCUGAGAAGAGUAUUUUUCAGACAUGCUUAUAGAGAAGCAAAUUUUUCAGCAGAUAAGAUUUCCAAAAAAGGAGCUACUUUGAGUAGGGGAGAAAUUGUAAGAUAUGAGAAUAAACCAAGCUUUGUAGGAAGUAUGGAAGAUGAAAAUACUAAAUACUUUAGAUUCUACUGA